UCCUUUUUAGUCUCCAAAAAACCUCGCCUUGAAGCUCCGGAUGCCCUCCGCUGCUGGUGUUCCUCUGCGAUCGGACGAGUUCUUGACGAUUUCGAUCUGGGACGCGAGCUAUGGGAUCGCUCACCAAGGCCGACGAGGUCUCUGUUGAUGAUGUUUGCUCCACGGACGCUAUUCUUUAUGUCAACGGUGUUCGUCGUGUGCUCCCUGAUGGCCUUGCUCAUCUCACCCUGAUUCAGUAUCUGAGAGAUAUUGGUCUGACUGGGACAAAGCUUGGAUGCGGUGAAGGUGGUUGUGGAGCUUGUACAGUCAUGGUUUCUUCUUAUGACCAGUAUUUGAAAAGAACAACGCAUUAUUCAAUCAACGCAUGCUUGGCUCCACUGUAUUCUGUUGAAGGGAUGCAUGUAAUUACAGUGGAGGGCAUAGGGAAUCGUCACCUUGGUUUACACCCUGUCCAGGAAACAUUAGCCAACGCUCAUGGCUCUCAAUGUGGAUUUUGUACUCCUGGAUUUGUUAUGUCUAUGUAUGCAUUACUGAGAUCAAGCAAAACACCACCCACUGAAGAGCAAAUAGAGGAAUACAUUUCAGGAAAUUUAUGCCGGUGUACAGGAUACAGAGCAAUUAUUGAUGGAUUCCGUGUUUUUUCCAAAAUUGAUGAUUCAUUAUACACCAGUUCUUUUGAAAAAGGGCAUACCGACAAAUUUGUCUGCCCGUCGAGUGGCAAACCUUGUUCUUGCCGAGCAACCUCAGGUGAUGGUUGUGGAAGUUCUGCUGUUUCUACAACUCAUGAUCACCAGCAGAAACCUAUAUCUUAUAGUGAUAUUGAUGGAAGCUCAUACACUGAGAAGGAACUCAUUUCCCCAGAACUUCUUUUGAGAAAUUCUAUGCCUUUACAUUUGUAUGGAUCUGGUGGAUUACAGUGGUAUCGACUAAGGCUUGAGCAUGUUUUAAAUUUGAAGUGCCGGUAUCCGGAGGCGAAGCUUGUGAUUGGUAAUACUGAGGUAGGAAUUGAGAUGAAAUUCAAAAAUGCACCAUAUCAGGUUCUGAUUUCUCUUACGCAUGUACCUGAGUUAAACAAGUUGAGCAUUACAGACACUGGUUUGGAGAUUGGUGCAUCUGUUAGAUUGACAGAAGUUCAAAAAUUUUUCAAGAAGUUGGUAGUGGAGCGGGUGCCUCAUGAGACAUCAUCUUGCAAGGCCAUUUUGGAGCAGCUAAGAUGGUUUGCUGGAAAACAGAUAAAAAAUGCUGCUUCUGUUGGUGGGAAUAUCUGCACUGCUAGCCCAAUAUCUGAUUUAAAUCCUCUUUGGAUGGCUGCUGGGGCAAGCUUUAAAGUUAUUGAUUUUAAAGGGAACCAGCGAACUAUUCUUGCGAAGGAAUUUUUUCUUGGUUACCGCAAAGUUGACCUGACUGCUACUGAAAUCUUACUGUCAGUCCAUUUACCAUGGACUCGACCUUUUGAGUUUGUCAAAGAAUUCAAGCAAGCACAUCGAAGAGAGGAUGAUAUUGCCCUUGUAAAUGCUGGAAUGCGUGUAUUUCUUAAGCAAGAGGGAGUAAAAUGGACUGUGGCUGAGGUAUCUAUUGUUUAUGGUGGGGUAGCUCCUGUUUCCUUUGCUGCAUUAAAAACUGAAAGAUCUCUGAUUGGAAAAAAUUGGGAUAAGCACAUGUUAGAUGAUGCUUUUCUGUUACUGAAAGAUGACAUCCUUCUUACUGAAAAUGCACCUGGUGGAAUGGUUGAAUUCCGGAAGUCCUUGACAUUAAGUUUCUUUUUCAAGUUCUUUCUGUUUGUUUCUCAGCAGAUGAGUGAGAAAGGCCACUUUACAGAAGAAGGGUUUCUUUCAAACCAUCAGUCAGCUAUAAUGCCUUAUUCUAAGCCAUCCUUUAGUGGAACCCAAUGCUAUGAGGUGAUAAGAGAAGGAACAGCUGUUGGGCUUCCUAUGGUCCAUCUUUCUUCAAAACUACAGGUGACUGGGGAGGUGGAAUAUGCUGAUGAUGUGCCACUACCUCCAAAUGCUUUACAUGCUGCUUUAGUGUUAAGUAAAAAGCCUCAUGCGCGUAUCUUGUCAAUAGAUGAUUCACAGGCCAAAACAUCUCCAGGGUUUGCAGGUUUAUUCCUCGGUAGAGAUGUCCCUGGGAGUAAUAAAAUUGGAGCAGUCAUUCAUGAUGAGGAAGUUUUUGCUUCAGAACUUGUUACUUGUGUUGGUCAGGUUAUUGGAAUUGUUGUUGCUGAUACUCAUGAAAAUGCAAAGCUUGCUUCCAGGAAAGUGCUUAUUGAAUAUGAAGAGCUGCUGCCAGUCCUAUCUAUAAAAGAUGCUAUUAGUUGUGGCAGUUUCCAUCCUAACACAGCGAGAUGUUUUGCAAAUGGAGAUGUAGAAUGGUGCUUUCAGUCAGGUGCUUGUGACAAAAUAAUAGAAGGGGAGGUUCAUGUUGGUGGUCAGGAACAUUUCUAUCUGGAACCUCAUAGCAGUCUUAUUUGGACGGUUGAUGGUGGGAAUGAAGUUCAUAUGAUUUCUUCUACUCAAGCUCCUCAAAAGCAUCAAAGUUCUGUUGCUCAUGUACUUGGUCUUCCGUUGUCAAAAGUUGUUUGCAAGACCAAGCGUAUCGGUGGUGGUUUGGUGGUAAGGAAAACAAGGUCUGCUUUUGUUGCUGCACGCCUGUGGACCAGCAUAUCUCUUGGGCGACCUGUGAAGAUUACAUUAGACAGAGAUGUAGACAUGAUGAUUUCAGGGCAGCGCCAUAGUUUUCUUGGAAAGUACAAGGUUGGCUUCACAAAUGAUGGAAAAGUUUUAGCCUUGGAUCUUGAGCUCUACAACAAUGCUGGAAACUCAUUGGAUCUGUCCCUUUCAGUCCUUGAGCGUGCUAUUGCUCAUUCAGAAAAUGUCUAUGAUAUACCACAUAUUAGGUUUCGAGGGCAAGUUUGCUAUACCAAUUUUCCAAGUAAUACAGCUUUUCGAGGAUUUGGCGGGCCUCAAGGCAUGAUUAUUGCAGAAAACUGGAUCCAGCGAGUUUCUUUGGAGCUUCAGAGAAGCCCUGAAGAGAUAAGGGAAAUUAAUUUUCACAGUGAAGGAUCUGUGACGCCUUAUGGUCAACUACUUGAAAAUAUCACAUUGAGGCAGGUAUGGGAUGAACUAAAGGCAUCUUGUCAAUUUUCAAAGGUUCGUGAUGCUGUUAAUCACUUUAAUACUCGCAAUCGCUGGAGAAAGCGGGGGAUAUCUAUGAUUCCAACAAAAUUUGGCAUCUCAUUUACUUCAAAGCCUAUGAAUCAGGCUGGUGCUCUUGUGCAUGUUUAUGUUGAUGGGACAGUUCUUGUAACCCAUGGGGGUGUCGAGAUGGGGCAGGGUUUGCACACAAAGGUUGCUCAAAUUGCUGCUUCAUCCUUAAAUAUACCUCUUAGUUCAGUAUUCAUAUCUGAGACAAGUACAGACAAGGUACCAAAUUCAUCACCAACAGCAGCUUCUGCAAGCUCUGAUAUGUAUGGGGCUGCUGUUUUAGACGCUUGUGAACAAAUAAAGUCACGCAUGAACCCUGUAGCUGCUAAACUUGGUCACAGUUCCUUUGCUGAGCUUGCAAGGGCCUGCUUCUUGGAAAGGAUAGAUCUCUCUGCUCAUGGCUUUUACAUCACUCCUGAUAUUGACUUUGACUGGAAAGUUGGAAAAGGAAAGCUUUUUAGCUACUACACCUAUGGAGCAGCAUUUGCAGAAGUUGAAGUAGACACCCUCACUGGAGACUUCCAAACAAGAACAGCUGAUAUUGUUAUGGAUCUUGGACAUUCUCUAAACCCAGCAAUUGAUAUUGGACAGAUCGAAGGAGCGUUCAUACAGGGUUUAGGUUGGGUUGCCUUGGAAGAACUAAAAUGGGGAGACCCAGAUCAUAAGUGGAUUAGACCUGGCAAUCUAUACACUUGUGGACCAGGAACUUACAAGAUUCCUUCUGCAAAUGACAUCCCUAUGAAUUUCAAGGUUUCCCUUCUAAAGGGUGCUCCAAAUCCAAAGGCAAUUCACUCCUCGAAAGCUGUCGGUGAACCACCGUUCUUCCUUGCUGCAUCGGUGUUCUUUGCCAUCAGAGAUGCCAUAACAGCUGCCAGAGCAGAAGAAAAUCUCUUCGAUUGGUUUCCGCUGGAUAAUCCAGCAACACCUGAAAGGAUUAGGAUGGCCUGCACAGACAACUUCACAAAGCCGUUUGCCUCUCCAGAUUUUCGCCCAAAACUCAGUGUCUGAUACCGUGUUUCCUUCAUCACUGCCGCAGGCGCUCUCACUGAUGACAAUAACCAUCGAAAUUUUGCCAAUUUCGCAUCAUGUAAUGUAUCUUCGUCUCGUCUGCUUAUAAUAACCUUCAGAUUGAUGCUGUAAAGUUACAAGGUCAUGUCAUUUCUCAGUUUAACUAGUGGCUUCAGAAACUGCUCUGCUGAAUAUUCACAGCAAAUCCAUGUAUCAUUAAUUACUGUUGCGUUGCUCCAGAUUAUGAUAUUCCAAAGUUCAGGCUGAGAUGAUACGGACCAAUGCAUUUAACUUCUUAAACUGUUAUCAUCACAGUGCCAGUAUUGUAUGUGAGCGUCUGUGUUUGGUGCUUGAGUCUUUUUAUGUUUA